UCGAAACGAUGGGAGAGACGGAAGGUGAAGUCGGUGCGGCUGAUACGCGACCAUCUGAGGAGCCUGAAUCGACUCCUGUACAGGAUACGUUAGCGGUGCCGGUGCAAAAACGUCGAAAAGUGAAAUCGCCUACUCCUGGUACGCUGCGCGGUCGCAGCGCUACACCCAUACGUGGCAGGAGUCAAACCCCAUUCUCACUGUACCUGAACCGUCGCAGCGCUACGCCUUCGACAUGGCGCAGCAUUACACCCUUCCUAAAGCGGGAGGAAAGGGAGAAAACUCCUUUCGAGCUCGGCAGGGACAUUAAAACUCAAAUUACUUGCAAUAAAGCCGUUUUUGAUCGAGCACUAAUUAUGGAUAUUACAGAAAGCGAGGAAAUUCAAAAACCUGUGCGUUACAUAACGACCGAUAUGUCUGUCAUUGAUCGUGCUGCCGUAAUGGAUGUAUCGAAUGUUGAGGUUAUUUACUUGAUCGAAGAGUAUGAGGAAGUCGAGGAGGAGGAGGAAAUCAUUGAGGAAGUGAAACCAAAGAAAAAGGCUAAAGGCAAGAAGGCGCGCACACCACGCAAGUCCCUCGAAAGGGAAGCAAGAUCCGACUCUAUCAUUUCGGAAACUGAAGGUGAAAACGGUGAGAGUCGCGGCACUGAUCAUGAAGAGAGUGUGGAACCGGAUGAUUUAGAUGAGCCUGUGAAGAAAACGAAAAAGAAGGCUGCCCCCAAAAAGAAGGAAAAGAAGGAGAAAUCGCCUAGUCCAAAGUUGACCUUGAAAUUGGAAAUGGGCGGCGGCCAGAAGGCCAGCAAGAAGAUGUUUGAGGAGCAGCAAAAGCAACAGGAACAAUCAAAAGCACCUGCACCAAAGCCGCCACCAAAGAAGAGCAAACUUGUCUUGCAAAUGGAAGAACAGGCCAGAGCUGCUGCCAAGGCGGCAGAAGAAGAAGCGGCUAAGGCAGCAAGCAAACCCAAAGGUGAGACUUUUGCCGAGCGCCAAGAGCGCUUGAAGCAGGAGAAAGAAAAGCAGGACCGCAUUGAGGCCGAGUUACGUGCUGCAUUACGCGCACAGAAAGAGGCUGAACGUGCAGAGGAAGAAGAAACUGAGGAACAGGAGGAAGAUGUUGAUGAGGAAGAAGACGAUGCAGGUGAUGAAUCCUUUGCCGGCACGGAGUCGUAUGGAGACGAGCUUGGCAGCGAAUAUCGUGAAGAUGAGGAGGAUGGCGAAGAAGUAGACGUGGUACCCGAACUGCCCAAGAGCAAGAAGCGACGUGGCAGUAAUUCAUCCGAGGAGUUUACACGACCCAAUCCCUACGAUGAGGAACGCUGGAAGCUUAUUGCCGAGGAGGAGGGUGAGGAGUUUAUGCAACAAAUGCGCAAAUAUAGCAUGCGCAUAUACAAAAGUGAGAAAGAACGUGACGCCGAAUGGCAGCGUAUACGAGAGCAAGCCCGCUUGCCACAUUUCAUUGUCUUCCUUACGGAUCGCACGGUUGAAGCAGGCCAUAAUGUUCGGAUUUCAUGUGCGGUUGGUGGACCCGAGUUAUCUGUGUCAUGGUUCAAGGACGGUCGUCAACUGGAGCGUGAUGCAAAACAUCGUAUUAUUAACAACAACAACAUCUUGGUUUUGGAGGUGGUCGCUACCACGAUCUUAGAUUCCGGCGAGUAUUCUUGUGUAGUGGCGAAUGUCAACGACACCGUAACCUCGUCUUGUUAUGUGACGAUUUAUGAGGUUUUCAAGGAUGAACCAGCACCCCCUUCAUGCAAGCUAGUCAGAGAGUACUAUCACUUACGCGACGAUGAGUUAACCAUCGAAUGUCACUUACACGGUGUGCCACGGCCAGCUGUCGCUUGGCUGAGAGGCUCAAUUGAAAUCAAGCCAAGUUUCAAGUUUACCAUGCUUGAAGAGGCUCACGGCAUCUACAAGUUGCUCAUCUACAAGCCGAACAGCAAGGACAGUGGUACUUACGUGUGUAGAGCUGCCAACUCUUGUGGCGAGGUGCAAAUCAGCCAUCAUGUUGAAGUGGCCAAAAAUAGGCAUUUCCAUGCACGUGGCAUCUUCCAUGCGCGCGAUCGUUUCCAAAAGGACAAGGAAUUAGCAGCAAAGAAAGCCAUGGAUGAGGCGCUUCAGUCAAAGGCGGCCUCAGAUCAAAAACGCACUACUUCAGCUGCAGAGGCAAGGGAGCGCAUCCAUCGCGCCUCACCCGAACCAUUGGUUUCACCGAAGCAAAAACUCAAGUUUGCCACACAACUGCGUGAUCGUAUGGCUAUGGAAGGUAGCACAGUACGGUUCGUGUGCACCGUUAUCGGACCUAGCCCUACGUGUCGCUGGAUGAAAGACGACAAAUGGGUAGUGGCCGGGCCCACUGUUAAGAAUCUGUCCGAGGAGGGCAAGGCUAUACUCGAGGUGAGCAAGGUUACAUCCGAAGCAUCAGGCGUGUACAAAUGUGUGGCCAAAAACGAACAUAGCGAAAUUGACACGCAAUGCUACUUCAAGGUGUAUAGCGCACAGGCCGAUGGCGACGAGCAAGAGCCGAUGUUCGCUCUGCCACUCAGAGAUGUGUACCAUUCAUCCCAGAACGAUUUGAUUAUCGACACGAAGGUGCGCGGCAACCCCCGCCCCAAGAUCACAUGGGUAAAGGACAAUCUACCAGUUGUACUCGAUGAUCGUCGCGUACAGAUCGAACAUUUGGACGGUGUCUGUGAGCUAAUCAUUAACAAGCCAACGUCGAGUGAUAGCGGUGUAUACACUUGUACAGCUGAAAAUAAAUUGGGCAGUCAGACCACCACACACACAGUUGUUGUGGAUGUUGUGCAAUCCUCGCGUCAUUCGAGUUUAAUAUCCAACAUUAUGACGGAAUCAGAUUCCGAAGCUGGCGCUGGAGAAGCAGGCGGCAAGGCGGGCGAGAAAGCCGAAAAAGGCAGUCGGCCUCCAAAAGGCAAGAAGAAGGGCGGCGAUGAGGAGGAGGGCACAUAUGAGCGCCGCAGCCGCAUGCCUGAUCCCGCACCGAAAAUGCAAUUGUACUUUAUUGCCAAUCUGUCGAACCGAUACGUAGCCGAGGGAUCUAAAGUUAAAUUCCAAGCGGUUGUGGGUGGUCCGGAUGCUACUUUCAAAUGGCAGAAAGACGAACAAAAUGUGCCUUUUGGUCCACGCAUCCGCAAUAUGAGCCGCGAGGGUAUGGCUUGUUUAGAAUUCCUAAAUACAGCGGCCGAAGACUCAGGUGUUUACACGCUGUCUGCGCAGAAUGAACACUGCAAAAUUACCACCUCGGCCUUGUUGCAUGUGUACUCUCCGAAGGUCAGCUCCGAUGUACAGCCAACGUUUUCACGCUCUCUGAAAGAAAUCUAUCACUUGAAUACAAAUGAACUUAUUUUGGAGACGGGAGUACGCGGUCAGCCCACACCAAAAGUUCAAUGGUCUAAGGAUAGUAUCGAAAUACAGAGUGGCGGACGAUACCAAAUUUUACAGCAUCAAGAUGGUACUUGUGUGUUGAUCAUCGACAGACCCGACUCCAAAGACUCCGGAAAGUAUGUAGUCCGCGCGGAGAACAGUGCUGGUAAAAUGGAAAUUUCGCAUAGUGUCCUGUUUGAAGGGAAGGCUUCUCAUAUCGCUGAGAAUAUUCAUGGUGUAUUCCAUGCUGAUAAGAGUCUACUGCGUGCCAAGGCAAAAGAGGAAGAGACCGCAACAUCUGUCGAAGCAGCUGAAGGGGAGGAAGGUGAGUCUGAGGAAAAAGACGGUAAAGGUAAACGCAAGAGUAAGGCUAAGAAACCGAAGAAAGAAGAGGAGGAGGCCACUUCAUCGGCAACCGAUUACGCUUCGGAUGCAGGCAGUCUUAAAAAACGAGAAAAAGUAAUCGGCAUACAUUUCGCCACAUCUCUUAGAGAUCGCGUUGUAGCUGAGGGUUCCAAAGUGAAGAUAUCCUGCUUCUUGGAGUCAAAGGAGCCACAAGUUAAAUGGUUCAAGAACGAGGAACCCAUCGCAAAUAGUCCCAAAAUUAGGGGUCGUCAUAGUGAAGGCUUAUGCCUACUGGAAAUUGCUAGCGCUACGGCAGAGGACAGCGGUGUGUACAAGUGUUGGGCGCGCGACGAGACCGGCGAGGCUUCUACUUUCUGUAAAUUGGAAGUGUAUGCCGAUCCAGGUACUGGCGAUGUGCCACCCACUUUCACACGCAACAUCAAGGAUACCUAUCAUGGCAAAAUAAAUGAGCUACAGUUGGAUGUUCAUGUGCGCGGUCUGCCCACGCCCUCAGUAACUUGGGUUAAGGAUGGUGUCAAAAUUGAGUCGAGCGAAAAGUAUCAACAGAUCGACCACGAUGAUGGACUAAGCGAGCUUUUUAUUUUCGAUCCAUUGCCGUCAGACAGUGGCAAAUAUGUAUGUCAGGCUGAAAAUCGUGAGGGAAAAGCUGAGAUCAGUCAUCUGGUGAAUGUCGAGCCUAGACGUCGGCGCCCAGUUUCGCCACCUAGGGAAGCUAGGCCACCAGUGAAGCCACCAACUGAGGACGAGCAGACGGAGGGUGAAGAACAGGAAACAAAGAAGAAGAAGAAGAAGGCCAAGGAUGAUGAAGAAGGCAGUAGCAGGCGUGAGGCUCCACCACCACCAGAUCUUAAGAAAUACCUAUACCUGAGAAAUUUCCUCUCGAAUCGUACCGUCAAAGCGGGUAGUAACGUUAAAUGGAUGGUCAAUAUUGAUGGACCUGAGCCAACUGCACGCUGGUUCCAUGGUGAACAACCCAUCGCCUUCGGGCCGAAGAGCAAAAUGUCCUGCCAGGAUGGCAUUGCAUGGCUCAAUUUGAUAGGCGUUACUGAAGAGGAUGCCGGCCAAUAUAUACUGCGCGUCAAAGGUUCAGAGAACGAGGUAGUUAGCACAUGCGAGCUCUUCGUCUACAAGACCGGUGUGGAGGAGGUAGUAGCACCCGUGUUCACUGUCGGCAUCAAAGAUACUUAUUCGAUUAACGAGAAUACAUUGGUGCUGGAUUGUCGCGUGCGCGGUAAGCCACGUCCUGACAUCCAAUGGAUGAAGGGCUCCGAUUUGAUCAACGAAAGCGACCAAUAUCACAUUGUUGAGUCUGCGGAUGGCUAUACAAAGUUGAUUAUUAAUAAUCCAACUGAGAAGGAUUCCGGUCUCUAUGCGUGCGUAGCUCGCAACGAGGGUGCCGAAAAUAAGAUUACUCACCAAGUGGACUUUGUUGGACGUGAACGCUUUGCACUCGAGAAGACACAUGGCUACUUCCAUCGCGAUCCAAAUAAGCCACACUUUAGUGUACCGCUCAGCAACCAGACUGUGUGUCCCGGUGGUACAGUUGCCAUUUCGGCUGAAUUCAUGCAGUCGUCCACACCCUUGGAAAUACAAUGGUUACGCAAUCGUCAACCUGUCGCUGGUCAGGCGGGUAUAAAAACAUUCAUGGAAAAUGGUGUAUAUACAUUAGCCAUACUGAAUGCACAACCCGAACUCGAGGGUACCUACACAUGUCGUGCUUCGAAUGCCUUCGGUCGUAUUGAAUCGCAUGUGAGUGUUGAUGUGGCUACCGGUGCACCGAAGAAUGAACGUCCACCGCUGUUUUUGUCACGACCAGAACCGGAAAUGAAAAUAUUAGUCGGUGAUCCAUUCUCGAUUUCGUUCCGUAUUGCGGGCGAGCCCAAACCAAAAUUGACGUUUUUGAAGGGAACCAAGGAUAUAACCAAGUCGGACAGAGUUAGUAAGGAGGUGUCGGAUGACUAUACAAGAUUUACGGUACAAAGUUCACAAAUCGCCGAUUCGGGCACAUACUUCGUCGUUGCGCGCAAUAACUUUGGCACCGAUAGAGUAUUUGUGACCAUUGCGGUAAUGCCACGCGCACGCUCCGAAACGCCGACAUCGCCACGCUGGGGUCAGCGCCUCGAAAGUUUCCCUGACGUUUCAUAUUUCAGAGAUCCGCCAGGCCCCAUCUCUACCGAGCCAUUGGUAGUCGAUUCAGGUCCCACGCACAUCUCACUCUCUUGGGGUAAGCCGAUACGCGAUAAUUCUGCGCCGGUUAUCGCCUACCGCGUGGAUGCUUGGAUUGUUGGUCAUGAAGGUGGCGCUAUGUGGAAGGAGUUGGGUUUGACACCCAUCAAUUCUUUCGACGCCUUUAAUUUGAAACCGAAUGUCGAAUAUCACUUCCGUGUCACGCCCAAAAAUCGCUAUGGAUGGGGACCAUCGGUACAGACUAGCAGUCCAUUACAGGUAGGCGGCGCAGAGUGCCUGCCAGAGUUCGUUAAGAUAUUGCCGGGCCAGUUGAAGGCAUUGCUGGGCACACAACUGGUGCUGGAGUGUACGGUACGUGGUGCGCCGCGCCCACAAAUCGAUUGGUAUAAGGAUGGCAUGCAUAUCAGCCCACUAGCGGAGCGCAUUCGAAUUCGUCAAAUCGGUUCCACCUGCACGCUGAUCAUUGCGCUAGUUUCUGAGUUGGAUGCAGGUCGUUACACUUGUGAAGCGACCAAUUCGAAGGGCAGAGUAUCGACCUUUGCGCGACUUCAAAUCGUUUCAGAUCCACGUCUGUAUGAAGCCGAUACAAAGCUAAAGGAAAUCAUUCACUCCGACAAGGUGGCGUCUGUUGGUGACACACUUCCUAUUUUCACGAUGCGUUUGCGUGAUCGACGCGUACAAAUGACUUAUCCCGUGCGUUUGACUUGUCAAGUUGUAGGCUAUCCCACACCGGAAGUGAUUUGGUACAAGGAUGAUCAGCAAAUCGUAGAGAAUCGACGUUGCCUCAUUACGGACGACGGUCAGUUCCAUACACUAGAAUUGGCUAGCACAAUUUUGGAUGAUAGUGGAAUUUACACCUGCACAGCUAAGAACGAACUCGGCUCGGUCUCAUGCCAUUGUUCGUUAGUCGUGGAUAAAGGUAUACGUGCUUAUAUAUCACCGGAAUUCUAUAUGCCGCUCGAUCCCUUGUACAUAUAUCAAGAGGGGCAGGAGAUACGCCUCACCGCUAGAGUGGAGGCCUACCCUACUGUGGGUGUUUCCUGGCAUCGUAAUGGUGUACGUUUGCGUCCCAGCCGACGCAUAGGCGCCACCCUGGACACCAAUGGUUUUGUAGAAUUAAUCAUUGCCAAUGCCACACCGCACGAUGCUGGCAUUUAUGUGUGCACCGCUUCAAAUGCAGUCGGCAAGGUGGAGAGUAGUUGUCGUGUGGUAAUAGAAGAGCCCGAUGAAGAGCAACUACAGCAGGGACAGCGUGCCGCCAGUCAGAUACCGGCCAUUGUGAAGUGUGACUUACCGUACUCCAAAGAGCCAAUGUUUGUUGUUAAGCCGCGCUCUAGCGAAGCCUAUGAAGGCGACACGGUGAUUAUAUUUUGCGAAGUUGUUGGCGAUCCAAAACCGGAAGUGGUGUGGCUGCGUGAUUUUCUAAAUCCGGAGUACUAUAAAGACGCACCACAUUUCCGACCCAUCGGCGACGGACCGGAAUACCGUUUGGAAAUACCUAGUGCCAAGCUAGACUUCACCGGCACUUACUCCGUCAUUGCGAGCAAUUGUCAUGGUGAGGCAAAGGCCGUAAUUUCAUUGCAAAUUUUCGCUAAAGAUAUUCUGAAUAAUUUACCAAUGGAAAAAGGCUCAAUUCGUCACGGCAACGUUGAAACCUUCCCGCGCUUCAUUCGCCACCUCCGCGACUUACGUUGCUGUGACGGUGACGCUAUCACCCUGGAAUGUCAUGUUGAGGCACUUCCGGAACCCGUAAUCAUUUGGGAGAAAGAUGGCCGCGUACUGCCGAGCGGCAAAGACUUCACCAUGUCCUACGACGGCAUCAAAGCCACACUGAGCAUACCACGCAUUUACCCAGAGGAUGAAGGCGAAUAUACUUGCGUGGCUAAGAACAAUCUUGGUCGCACACUCUCCGCCGCCUGCAUUAUUGUCGAUGUGCCCGAAGAGAAAGAGAAUAUGUUGAAUCGUCAGCUAGCGCGUCCCAGCGGCCUACUAUCAGCCAACUCAACUCCACGUUCAACACCGCGCUCCACACCCAAUCGUGGCUUCUCGCCACGCCGUCUCUCCUAUCGUUCAUCACAAAUCGAUUUGAGUGAUGGCCGCAUCGGCAGCUAUCGACGCGCAUUGCUCGACUCGCACACCUUAGCUGCACCGAAAUUCCUAGCCAUUCCGCACAGCCGUGUUGUCGAAGAGGGCGAUAGUGUGCGUUUCCAAUGUGCCAUAGCCGGUCAUCCGACACCCUGGUCGACAUGGGACAAGGAGGGCAUGAUCGUUACGCCCACCGCACGCAUAGCCGUGAAGGAAGUGGAUGCUUUGCGCUUCUUGGAGAUUGAAGAAGUCACAUUCGACGAUGCCGGCUUGUAUCGCAUCACCUUAGAAAAUGAUUAUGGGCGCAUUGAGGCUACGGCGCGUCUGGAUGUGAUUGGCCGUUCGCGCUACUCACGUUCACCUUCCGCACGCAGCGUACGUGCUUCCUCAUCACGACGCAAUGCACAUCUGCACAGACGCAUUAUGGGACCAUCGACGGCGAUUGGUGGCCGCAUGGCCUUAGCCACCGGAUAUCGGGGUUCCUCUGUGCCAUCCUGUAAAUUCUAUCACAACGGGUCGGAGUUGGAGGAGGAUGAUGAGCGCGUGCAAAUCGUGGUGAAUGAACACGAAGCGCUGCUGUGUGUUGAUGAUGUUACAGAAGCCGAUGAAGGCUUGUACACAUGCAUUAUACAGGGCGAUCAUGAGCCCCUACUCACAAGCACCUGGGUGAAGUUUGAAGCUACCGCAGAUGUGGCAUUGGCGGCACGCCUAAAAGAGCCACGCAUUGUGCGUUCUCUGCCUGUUCAAGUGCAGGCGCAUGAACGUGAAACCAUUGAUUUAUGUUUCGAGUUGGAUUGCGCUGAGCCAUACAGUUACACUUGGACGCGUAACGGUGAAGUGCUGGCCGACGAUGAGGACUUCAAUCAAAUCGAUCAUGGCAAUGGCGUGCUCUGCCUGCGUAUAAACGACGCUUUCGAUUUGGACUCCGGAGAGUACGCCUGCGAGUUGCGCACUGCCACUGGCUUAAGCUGCAGCACCGCUUGUCGGCUAGAUGUUGUUGAAGCCGAAGAAGAUGGUCUGUCAACGCAUCAGGACUGUCAGCCAAUACUGCUGAAAUCACCGCUGCCAGUGCUGACGAGUGACGGUGCACCCGAAGUAGCAUUUUGCGCACGAGUGCACCCACCAGAAGCCACAGUACAGUGGUUUGUCGGUGGUCGUGAAAUUGUUGCUGACAGCGAAGUUGAAGAAAAUGCGCGUGACUCACUCGAAGACGCGAUGACAAAGCAGGCGGGCACGGCGCAUGUCUCCAACGAAUCAGACGGCGUACGCAUACUCCGUAUACAGAACGUCCAACAGCGUCAUUGCGGUGAAGUGCAAUUGAGUGUGACACAUCUGGGCAAAUCGAGCUCAACUUUGCGCGCUUACACUAGUCUUAUUGUGUUGCCAGGACGCGCGUCCGCAGACUCGAAUAGCCCACAAUACACAAGGGACGACGUUGAUGAAACUAUUGAGGCUCUGACACAGCCCGAACAGCUGGCGAUACCUGCAUGCAUUUUGGAAGGACCACAGGAUUGUACGGCGCUCAUUGGUGGCAGCGUUAAGUUGAGCGUCAGCUACGAAGCUGUGCCGCGUGCACAAAUCAGCUGGUUCAAAGGGUGCCGUCCCAUUGUCGAGCAGCGCAACAUUUCUAUACGUAGCAGCGCCAAGCGUUCAACGCUUCUCAUCACAGAUAUUGCGGCCGAUGAUAGUGGCAAAUAUACAGUGGAGAUUAUGAAUGCACUCGGCAGCGAUGCAGCGGCCGCUUCGGUGGCGGUAGAAGGACCACCAGAUGCGCCUAGCGGCAAACCGAGCAUAUCGCAAGGACCCGAUCGCAUUGCCGUCGCAUGGUGUGGCCCGCCCUACGAUGGUGGCUGUAUGAUAACAGGUUUUAUCAUUGAAAUGCAGCAGUUGCCUGCCGAACUGAAUGCUGACAGCGAUGAUUUGACUGAUGGCGAAAGCGAUUGGCGUGAAAUCGCUACCGUUGUGGACUCAUUAGCGUACACCGUUAAGAAUUUGACACCGCAUGCCACAUAUCGAUUUCGUGUGCGCGCCAAAAACGUACACGGCUGCAGCGCACCCACUUUGCCCAGUGACGCGGUGGAAUUGCAAGCUCAAGAAGUCUCAACUGAAGAUUUCCACAGACCGAUUAGCGUUAAGUCAGGCGGCGAUUUCAAAAGUCGCUUCGAAAUACUCGAGGAGUUGGGCAAGGGGCGCUUCGGAGUCGUCUAUCGUGUACAGGAACUUGAGCAACCACGACAAAUUCUCGCCGCCAAGGUGAUCAAGUGCAUUAAAUCACAAGACCGUCAAAAAGUAUUGGAAGAGAUUUCGAUUAUGAAAUCUUUGCAACAUCCGAAAUUGUUGCAACUCGCUGCUUCGUUUGAGAGCGCACGCGAAAUCGUCAUGGUGAUGGAGUACAUUACCGGCGGUGAACUUUUUGAACGCGUCGUAGCAGACGAUUUUACGCUCACCGAACGCGACUGUAUACUCUUCCUGCGGCAAGUGUGCGAAGGUGUCGCCUACAUGCACACCCAAUCGAUUGUGCAUUUGGAUUUGAAGCCGGAAAAUAUUAUGUGCCAUACACGCACAAGUCAUCAAAUUAAAAUCAUCGACUUCGGACUGGCACAGCGGCUGAAUACGAAUACGCCGGUGCGCGUGCUCUUCGGCACACCAGAAUUCAUACCGCCCGAGAUAAUUAGCUACGAGCCAAUUGGUUUCCAAUCGGACAUGUGGAGUGUGGGCGUCAUCUGUUAUGUGCUCCUAUCUGGCUUAUCGCCGUUCAUGGGUGAUACGGAUGUGGACACCUUCUCGAAUAUAACACGCGCCGACUACGAUUUCGAUGAUGAAUCUUUCGAUUGUGUAUCGCAAGAGGCGAAGGACUUCAUAUCGAAUCUUUUGGUGCAUCGCAAAGAGGAUCGCUGGACAGCCAAACAGUGUUUGGCCUCUAAAUGGCUGACCCAGGAACAUGACGAAAACCUCAGUAAUAAAAUCUGCACAGACAAACUAAAGAAAUUUAUAAUACGACGCAAGUGGCAGAAAACCGGCAAUGCUAUACGCGCUUUGGGCCGCAUGGCCACGCUAUCUGCUUCGCGUCGCAACUCGGCCGUUUCUGGCGCCGGCAGUCUGCCCAAUAGUCCACGCCCUUCCAUAUCCGGCCUGCACCACAUGUUCAAUCCGCAUAAUUGCACACAAAUGGGUUCACUACACGAAGAAGACGAUGACUUUAGCAUUGAGCUACCGAAUCAGAUAACACUCGAAGCACAGCGCCGCAUACAAAAAACAUUGAAAGUGCGCGACAAAUCGCAAUGCAGCGAACGCAGUGAUUCUGGUUACAGCGAAUGCUCGAAUUGUAGCUCAGGCGGAAAUUUGCCAUGUCACUGCGUUGGCGCGUCGGCAGUGCCGGUGAUAGUGCAGCAUAGCGCAGCGGAUGAGGCGCUGCCUGCAGCAAACGAGGAGGCGCUUCUGUCGCAGGGUGUAGCGCACGAUGUGCUCAAGUCAAAGUUGGAGGAAAUUGCGCAGCAGUCAGACUCCGAGUGCACACGAAGUAGUAAGCGCGAGGAAGUGAGAAUGACAUCCGAAAUGGAGUCGCAAAGCUUGUCGCUGCCGGAUUAUAUUGGGAAACACAGUGAGCCGUUAAGCGCGUUAGAGCAGCAUAUACGCCAAGCGAGUUUGAAUGCAUCAGCGCCAGCAACGGGUAGGAACGCGCUGAAUUCAGACCUGAAAGCGCUCGAUGUGGAUGCGGUAACUGCAACAAUGUCCCAAGCGCUUACGCUGACAAUUCCACCCAGCUCGCCGCCCCAAGCGGGUGCAUUAGAUACAACAGCAGUACUGGUAUCACCACCGCACCGUGAACCUAUAAUGCGCUCCGACUUCACCAACACCAUUAAGAUGCGCAAGAAAUCCCUGGAGAAUAAUGCGUUGCGCGAGAAGCCCAAAUCACAAUCGAAACCGAUUUUCGAAGCGGCAGGAAAAGUGUCACAGCUGAAGAAUAAAUUUAACACAGCGUCCAGUGCCAAUCGAAGUAGCAGCAGCGGCAGCGGCAAAACGACAAAUGCCAAGUUGGCGCCUACGCAAACAUCACCGCUGCCUAUGAGCGCGCACGCUCACAAAAACGCGCUCAACGCGAACUGCAAGCACGCCGCUCACAAACGCUUCGCCUGCAAUAGCCAAACAACCGCAGCAAGUGCCACAACGAAAUCAACGAAUUCAACAUUACAGCAGCAAGAACAACAACAACAGCAGCAGCAGCAAACACAGUGCUCUUCCAUGCCCAAUUCGCCACUACUUGGGCGCGCACCAGCGUCACUUCGGUUAAGCGGUCGCGUACGUGAAGCUACCGAGCGCUUGGCGCAACAGCAAACAGUCGCUACCAGCGCGCGACGCAGCGAGGCGCGACGCUAGACGACAACGGCGGCGACGACGGCGGUAGCAGUAGAGGCUGAUGGAAUGAAGGCGCGUAAGUUAAGAGAUAAUAAAACAGAGUUGUACCUUAAAAUGUGGAUAUUAAAGCGGCUAAGCAGCUGAGAACCGGUGAAAUGAAGGAAACCAAAACAUGCUGUUGUGCGGCUGCCUCGUCGGUGCUGCCAUCACCGCAUUGUCCUCGAAGCGCCUCAACUUGCCGAAUUGGAGCGACAAAAAUUUGGCAUUGUUAAUUGUUGUUGUUGUUGUUUAGUAUUUUGUUACCCAAAAAUCUCAUAGAAGUUUGAUUAAAUUUUGUACAACAUAUUUGUUAUUGUAAUUAUUACACUUGAACGCUCUACUAGACUACUACGAAUAACUCUUUUAUUUUACCUAAAUCUACGAACACUCGAAUAAUUCUACAAAUAAAAAUGUAAAAUAUUUGAAUGCCUUGCUGCAAUCACCCGCACCCCGAGUGUGGGUGUAAAAGUAUUCAAAAUCAGCAACGCAUUAUGCAAUAUUUUAUUUGAAACCUUGAAAACCCCUCUGUAAGCAUAGCUGCGUCGACUCGUACUCGUACGUAUGUAUGAUUUCCGAUGGUACUUACAUUUCGAAUACGUUUUGUUUGUAAGUAUUUGCUAACUGUAACGAAACACAAAAAUAUAUUUAUUUAAAAAAUGUGUACCCAUUGCUAAGAAUAAUCGUCCUAACAUAUCUUAUAAUUUAUAUAAUGCAGUACUCACCACUACAUUGUUAAUGAGUAGAAUUUAAUUGUUUAAUAAUACCUACGUAUACAUAAAUACAUAUCUACACACAUACAAGUAAAUACUUAAAUACUUAAAUAAAUAAUAAAUACAUUUUA